AUGCCACCUGAAAUAAGGCGUCAAGUAUGGAAACUUGCUCUUUUGGGUGCAAAUAUGUCGGUGAUAUCCAUCAAGGCAUAUCCUGCAAAUUGCGAGCUUGUCCAAUAUUCUAGUGUCUCGUCGGUAGCUCUAGCUUGCAGAGAAGCUUCUGUUGAGUGGGCCAUGAUCAGUUGUCGCUUCUCGGAACACUUUCCCGUCAAUGUCUGCCUCCAGCGUACAAUCUGCCUGAUACAAGGCAUUCCACGCUCUUCCGCGACGCCAGCGAGGGAGCCCUGUCUCGAGGUGGAUAUGGCAUCCCGCAUACGACAUGUUGCUUUUCUCUUCCCAUCAAAUGUAAAUUUGAAGGAGAUUUUUGCCGCUUUCUCGACUUUUCACCACCUCCAAACUAUAAUCGCCGUCCCUCCUCCGUGUUCCAUCAAUGACGUAAGACAUUUGGACCGCCACGGAAUUUCACAAAUCGCGCGGGGUCUUGCAGAAUUGGCUGAUGAGCCUCCCACCGGCUCGCAAAAUGGUAAGUCUGGCCAUGUUGGACUUCUUUUCAGGGGAGAUCCACCAAGUCAGGCAGUGAGGGCUUUCUACAGCCGCAGCGACGCGCCCCAAAUAAAGCUUCUUACACCACGACGCAGCCAGCCCUCCUUGCACGAUCCGAUGCUUAGGAGCUCGUCGCCAACUUUCUCACUCAUUCACUAUGCAUAGCCCGAGGCGUCUUUAUUGGAUGCAUCGCAGCCAUUCCGCGGGCAUCAAUGAGCGGGGGACGGCUACGGACAAUAGCGCACCAACUGCUCCUGCUACUGUCUUAUCUAACAAUGCACCAAGGGAUCUUUACGCAUUCGAAACAGAGACAAUAGUCGACCAGAUUUGAUUAGUCGGGAGUGCGAGGACCGGUCUAGAGAG